GAAAAUACCGCUAUAUGGCAUUAGUAUGAAGUGUGGGGGAUGACAGUUAACUUGCACGGCAGCGGCCAACCAUUUAUAGCACCCAUUUAUAAAUUUUGCAAUAACCAGCAUUUCUGUCGAGUAACUAUGAGUUCAGAGGGGAAUAUGGAAUAUGAAAGUAAAGAAAUGUGAAGGCAAACGACAAAUGAAGAUCUCGUGAAACCGUUCUUUCAUGCGUCCCAUGUCCGCUUUGAUCAGAAUUGACGUGUAUACACUGUAUAGUACCUGCAGAUCAAAUAGCGUUGUAAAAAUGCUUACACAGUCACCGGAACUGAAUCUAAAUUGCAGCUUUGAAAGCCGGGUAUGUACGGUGUAGUAUAACAAUUGUCACGCUUGAGAAAUAUUCAAUAGUUGACCGUAAAACUUGUGGGAUUUUAAUUUCCAGACCGUCUUGACUGAACUCUUUACUGUUGUUGAAGAUUUCAUGAAAGAGUGGAUUAUAAAUCAUGUCCAGUGGGUAUAUGGUGACUAAAUGGAGAAAUGUACAUGAAUCUCAAAACCAGAAUCAAUUCACAUGUUAGAGAAAUUGAAAAGACGCACGAUGAAAAAAUUCAGAUGCAGGAGGAUACUGUUGGGGAACUCGCUACGGAACUUUCUCAUUAUCGUCGCUCUGUGUCUGUCCGUGCUGAAUAUGAUGAACUGGGUGUAUUACAACUACUCCGAGGCUCUUGUUCAAGCCUAUAACAAAUAUUCCCCAUCGUCCACUGUGGUCCAAAUAGCACGUUCUCAGUUCGCACUGUCCACCUCAAAAGUUGUAGCAACGCAGAAGAAAUCACCUGUAGUAAACCAGAACAUUAAAAGACGUUAUCCAUAUUUUGAUCCGAGUGAUACCUAUGCGGAGAAUGGGGUUUACAUGGAAGUCGGACCUCCCCUUGACACUACAGAUAUUAGGAAAAAGAAACUUAAUUUUGAUUCGAGAAAGUAUCCAUUAGAGAUAGAUCUUGUUCAACUUACAAAAAAUAUUUUUGAAGGAAAGAAAAUCAAAAACAAACAAAUUAAUCCUCAUCCUUUUCAGUUUGUACAUGAAGCUGAAAAUGCUUGUCAGUUUGAAAAUUUGCAUAUGGUUGUUCUUGUGAAAUCUAAAGCAGAUAAUUUUAAAAAUCGCGAAAUCAUCCGACAGACUUGGGGAAAUCAGUCCCUUUACAAUGGCGUGUCUGUAGUCUUUCUGCUGGGAAAAAUGGCAAAAUUUGAUAAAGAAAUCGCCCAAGAAGCUCAAAAAUACAAGGAUAUAGUACAAGAAAACUUUAUCGAUCAGUAUUCUAAUAAUACAUUGAAAACAAUCAUGGGUUACAACUGGGUAGUGCGGCAUUGUCCAAACGCAAACUUUAACCUUUUUGUUGAUGACGAUGUGUUUGUUAUUGUUAAGAACCUGGACAGCUACCGUCAGAAUAAAGACAAAGAACCUCGACUUAUGUUGGGAAAGUUACUACCACGAUCUACGCCAUUUAGAGACAACGGUUCCAAAUGGUUCGUUUCGUGGGAAGACUAUCCGUUUGAUAAAUAUCCGCCAUAUUUAGCUGGCGGUGGCAUUCUGAUGUCUUGGGAUGUGACUAGAGCGUUUGCCGCUGCCUUUCCUUAUGUGAAAACAAUUUCAAUUGACGAUUCCUAUUUAGGAAUUAUAGCUAGAAAGCUCAAAUUAUCCCCACGUAAUCAUGGUGGGAUGGUUAUCAUGAACCCCGGCAAGGACACGAAGGCAGCCAUGUCUAUGAAUUUUGCAACGGUUGUGGCCUUUCAUCGCAUUCCUUCUCCCGAGUCCAUGAUGGCUACAUGGAAUCAAUAUAUAGCUAAAUAUCCCAUUAAACCAAAGCCAAAGAGGUAACGCGAGGAAUGAAGUAGAUUUAUUUAUCAACGUAGAUUCCUCGCUGCUAUUGUUAUUGUCUUCAACAUUCCAUUCAAUACUUCUGUGUAAAGAAAAAAAUACAAAGAACAUGCAUUAUCAAAAAUUUGAUUUUUUCUGUUUGAAAAUGGUUAUGGAACUCGAUGUCAAUAUGGGGUUCCUUGUUGUCAUUUAUCAGACGGAACUUUCUGUUAACGAAAGGGACUACACCACAUAGACGAUACAUAUCUGUAAUACAGGAGAAAUAAUUCUACAGGUUACCAAACUAUUCUGUGAUAUGUGUGUCUCCUUUAUGAUUGUGAGUAAUGUGUUCAUGUUGAUUCUGUUCUAUUCUAAUUAUUUUGCAUCAUUUGUAUUUGUCAUUUAGUCAUUUUUUUCAAUGUUUUGUUUUAUACUCGAUUUUUAAAUCGCAUUUCAGAACUCCCAGUUUUUCAAAUGCAUAAUGCCCUAGCCACUGGUGAAUGGUUUUGUCCAUAAGAAGAUGAUUUUUUACUUGUAUGUGUACUUUAAGAUUGAUUCGUAAUUUUUUUGUUGUUGUUGUCAGUGACGUUUACAUACUCAUAUGUAUAGACUGUGUAAACAACUUUGUGUGCCUGAUCGAUUUAUGAUAUUUAAAAAUGAUCUCAUAUGAAAUUUAAGUUCAUUAUGAUCAAUAUUUCAAUUUUAGCCAUAAUACUCCAGAGCGAAAUACAAUUAACUUACCUAAAAUAAUGUAGUUAUUGCUUGUUUGAAUAUAACCGAUUUUAUGUUCAACAUUAUCAAUUCCAUGUUGAUUUCAGCCGUAAAUAGUACUAUAAAAUAAAAGCAAAGUACACUAGUAUAAUAAUGCAUUUAAUGCUUGUUUGAAUGUUACUUUGAUUUAAUAAUAACAAGAAUGAUAUAGAAUGUGAUACAUUGUAUAUGCAUUGAUUAGAUAUGGAGCUUUCCAGCAAUUACAUUUUCUAUUUUGAGGUUAUUCGUUAUUAGUAUUUGCAUUUUGAAGUAUGUCCAUCUUUAUUUGAAAUUACCGUUUUAAUAUUGUCAAAAUGGUACAUAUUUGUACAAUAUUUACGGGUUCUAAGCCAGCAUAAUUUUAUUGCACCAUGAAGGAGUUCUUUUAUGAACCAGAAUUGUACACUGGGAAUAAGUGUCUUGGGUCGCUGGUAUAGAAAACUUUUGGUGUUGGUUACAUACUUUUGCGCAUGCGUUGCUCAUAUUCUCGCAGAUUUGGUGUUGGAAGUGCAAUUACUUACUUUUUAAUUUGCCUGAGCAUCAAGUUGUAUUUUUCCCCUAACUAAGAUAACUCAUAGACAGCUGUCAUAGACCUUAAGUGAUUUAGGUCUAUGAAUAUCUAAAGGGAUACAAAAUUAUAUGUAGCAAACUAAUUGUUACCUUCACUCAAAUCUAUAUAGUAGUAUUGCUUCGGGCUUCUUACAGUUUUCACAGGAAAGUGAUAGUUUGAAUGGUAAGAUUCUAACAACCUAUGCUUGAAAUGUUAUCUUUCGAAUACCUAUACUAUUUUUUUUAUUGAAGUAAAAAAAUCUUAAUAAUACAGUAAAACAUGUCCUAUUUUAUUGAAUUUUCUUUAUCAUACUUUUAAAGAAAAAGAGAGAAUAAUUAAAUUUUCUGAAGGGGAAGCUAUGCUUCUGCUCCUAACCUUUUUGAAUAUAUUGCUUGACUACAUUUAUACCCAUAUUUUUAUUCUUAUACUUACUCAACUGAGUUUACAGUUUAUUACAAACUCUGAAAAAUAAACAGAUUAUUAAAAAUCUUAUUCAUUUUAACCUUUCCUGUAUUUGUCUUUAUACUUGAUUAAAUGUUGGAAGAAUUAUUGGAAAUUUUAAGUAAAUUAUAAAUAAAAACCGUACUUUGUGGGAAAAAAAUGUAGGUUACGAACAAACAAGAAGAUGUUCAUUGGUAAUUUUAGAGAAAUCUCGAUUGAUGAAAAGAACAUCCGGAUUUGUGGUGAUGCAAUAUUUGAUUAAUGGUUGCUCACAUAAAUUCUUUGUCAUUUUCCCAACUUUUCUGAAACCGUUCUUGUUUUAUAUGAGUUGAGGAAAAUUGCUAACUUUUUAUUUUAUUAUAAUACUCUUGUAAAGAAAUGUUAUGUACAUUUGUAUGGGAAUUUUUCCCAUAACUAUGUGUAUGUAUAGUCAUUAUUUUUGUAAAAAAAAAAAUG